GAAUUGACUGAUAAAGCGGAGGUAUGUUAUAAGAAGUCUACGCCCACUGUUGUAGGAGAUCAGUUGUAUUCAGUCUGUUGCACCAUGGAUAUUUCUAUAACACUGUGUGUCCUCAUUGGCAUGUUCCUGGUUCCAACCAAGGGUGAAGUGGUGGCUAAUUUCGGGGAGACACCUGAGUGCUUAAAGUUCUUCUACAAAGAGAAAGUGCCAGAGUUGGGAGCUACCUUUCCAGACGUGGUCCCUUUGUGUCAACGUUUCCUAAACACGUAUCACUUUGCCACUUUGUACAACACAUACUACCGUACAGCUGUAUAUUCUGCAUAUAUUUUUGAGCCAAGCAAUGGUGGAGGCAGAGAGACACGUUGGUUUGUAGAGCCACAAUUGGUGGACCCCUCAUGGCCUGGUGAAAUGAUAGAUGGGUAUAAGCUGUCACAGCAGAAUCCUAAUAUCUACCUGGGUGAGAAACAGGCUCUGAAUGAGGACUACACAAACUCAGGUUUCGACCGUGGACACCUGAACCCCAAUGGACAUCAUGCAGUUCCAAGUCGUAAUGCCACCUUUACUCUGACCAAUGUGGUGCCCCAAAACCCAAAGCUGAACCAAAAUGCCUGGCGCAUACACGAGUCAGAAAUGACCGACUUGUUUAACACAAAAUGCCAUCAGGCUUAUGUGCUGGUUGGUGCCAUCCCUUCUUCUAACAACUGGAUCAUCAAGAACAAUGUCAGAAGAGUGAACAUCCCAGAGUACAUCUGGAACGCUUACUGCUGCGUCGAUCAAAAUGGCCGCCCUAUCCUAAGUGGUGCUACAACUGCCCUCAAUACAGAGCUCAACGUUGUUGUGGAACGCACCCUAAAUGACUUGGUUGACUUCCUACAACAAUAUUCUGAUGCACCAGUGGGGGAGCUGUUUAGUGGCCAGUGUAGAACUUAGGCUGAGACAUUCAAAUCAAUUUAAUGUACCAUGCAUCCAGCAAAGAACAUAAUUAUGCCCAACCAAAUCAUAUCAACAUUAUGGUGCUGCAUCAUUGAAAAUAAUUUUAAAAAAUUAUAUAGGAUCAUAGAUCUAUGCUCUUGGAUGAAAAAUAAAGAAAAUAACUGAGAUAUCAAUGCAAUAUG